AUGGUGUUGACCAAGCUGAGGGAUAGGCGCGCGCGCCUAGCGCGACUGAGGCUGCCGAUGCGCCUCCGCUGCGACGCCUGCAGUCUACAUCUUGACAAGGGCACCAUGUUCGUCGCGUUUAAGGAGGACCUCACCGAGGGCAAGAGGCACAUCGGCGCCGUCAAGAUCUUCCGCUUCUACUUCAAGUGCAUCCACUGCUCCGCAGAGAUCGCCUUCAAGACCGACCCAGCGAACUGA